UGGAGCAAUCCUAUAUGUGGAUAUAUAGAGAGCAAACUAAAGCCCACAAUACAUACACCAACGCAAUCUCUUCCUCUUCAUCUUCCUCUUCACAAAGAGAUCAUGCCGAAGCUGUUCGGAUUUGAUGUUGUAUCCAAGGAGGAAGAGGCCGGGCCGGGCUCCGACUCGUCGUCGUCGACGAUGACGGAGGCCCGAGGCGGCGAGGGGAGGAAGUACGAGUGCCAGUACUGCUGCCGGGAGUUCGCCAACUCGCAGGCGCUGGGCGGCCACCAGAACGCGCACAAGAAGGAGCGACAGAAGAAGAAGCGGGCCGCCCAGAUGCAGCACUACCACCACCUCCACGGCGGCGGCACACUCUUCCCUAGAAACCCCAUCGUGUCGGCCUUCGCUCCGCCGCCCCACCGCUUCCCGGAGUGCCCGCCAGCGGCUCCCGGCACUACAUCGGGUUGGGUCUACUUCUACCCCGACGCGUCAGCAACGGCGCCGGCGCCACCUUUCAACGGUUGCGUGUUUCCCUCGUCCACCGCCUCUGCCCGGCUCCCGGCGGCUACGUCCACAUACAACUGUCCUGCCGGCGCCAGCUACGGCCACGGGGAGACCUCCUUCUCGAGGUUCACCAUUUCCAACCAGAGCAAGACGGCGAGAGCGGAGGAGGCAUUAGAGUUGGAUCUCCAACUCAGCCUGGCUCCCGCCGGGUUCUGACUCGCCGUGUGCUAUAUGCCUCUGCUAAUUAACUCUGUUUCUUAAAUGAUAACGAUGAACGCGCCGUGCAAGAUCAGCGACGGCCAUGGCGCCAGUAGCCCAUGUAAAUUUCUUAAUUUCCAUCUUUUAGCUCUAUUCUUUUUUUGCAUUGUACGUGUAAUCAUUCAACGACGAUGGCACUUCGAUUUCGCCAAGAAAGCACCGAGGAGGAUUGGAUUCAAUAAUUAAACAAAAAC